AUGAAUCGCCUUCUGCCCCUCGAGAUCGUCGAUCUCAUUCUUCGACUCUCCCUAGACCCUGUUGACCUAAUCAGCACAGAUGAUGGACAGCGAUCAAUAUCGACGUCGCAACGACAGCGUCCCUCUUCAUCCUCACCGGCACGACCAUCACAUCGCGCUCAUGCUCCCAUCGACGUUCGGCAAGCUUCCAACUUGAGCACGUUGUCGAGCCGCUAUCGAGCAGUCUUCCAGCCAGACCUGUAUCGAUACGUGGCCCUGACCAGUGAUCGCGUCGUCUCGCUCUUGGCUCGUACGCUUGCUUCGCGUCCCGACCUUGGCCACGAUGUUCGAUCGUUGGCCAUCUACUGCGACGACACGGAUGAUCCGAAUGAUGGAGCUGGCGCUGAUGCCGGUAUGAGCGCAGAGGACGCUGCCCCACCUCAGUCAGCAGCAGAUGUGGUACUGUCGGCCUGCCCGAAUGCGACCCACCUGCUCUUGUCUGGCACUCAGUUUGCCGACCUUGCAACACGCCUCUACAAUCUGCGUCGGCCCAAAGAAAUCACUCUCGUCAACGUCAGCCAUGAACGCCACUUCGACGGAAUCGUUACACGCCAUCGCGAUCUGACGGCAGCAGCAUUGCAGAAUGAUCCUCGCGUACGCGCCGUCUUGGGCCGACAUGAUGCAGCAGACACCGGUCUGUCAGGCCAGCCAUCACUGGCACCACAAGCGACACCAGUCUCGACCGGAGAGCGCUCUCUCUCGCAUCUGCACCUGGUCAACUUCGAUCCGCGUCUGCUGCACCACCUCGUCACGCUCUCCUCGCUCACUCACCUCGUCCUCACAAACCCUUACGUCCCAGCCAGACGACAGGGUGCUCCAGGACUCUCGGUCAUACCGCGAUCUCAUCUGAUGCUGCUGCUCGGAUCUGGCAACAUCGCACGAAUCACCAUCCGCACCGAUCUGGCAACCUGCAUUCGCAUCAUGGAAGAGAUUGCAUCGAUCGCACCGAUCGACGACCGCAAGCUCGUCUUUCGACCCAUCCGCUUGGAGUCCGACGUGCUCUACCCAGAUCGCACGCAGGAUGCACAGCCUCUGUCACAACUCGGUACCGACGCUGCCGCACUGCACUUCUCCAUUUCGGAAAGGAAGCUCGACCUGCUGGCAGAGUAUCUCAACAGGGUGCGGCUCGCCUACCGGACAUCACCAUCGACGUCGUCCUCUGGCGACCCGGACACGAGUCGUGAUUCGUCGGGAUUCACCAGUCACGGUCGCUCGUCGGACGGUUCCGCCGGCGGGACUAGUCACAGCGCUUCGACCGACUCGGGUGAUGAUGACAGUGCAGACAUCGGCAGACGCGGGCACGACGAGGACGAUUUCAGCGACGUCGACGACUUUGGCGAGAGCGUGGACGAGAGUGCAGAAAGACCACCUCUCGCGGCUCCAUCGACGAGGACACUCAACACGAACGCGCCGCCCCUCAACAUCCCCAUCGAAGAGCUUCUGCGAUCUGAAGGUUUUACGCCAGCGGGUCUCGCAGGACAAAGAGCCCCCUCGUCGCAAGCCAGCAGCGGCACCGAGCAGACCAGCAGUGCUUCUCCAUCCGGCACCGCCAGCUCCAACCGUCAACGUCGCCAACGUCGCCUUUUGCGCGACACACCUUUCACUCUGCGAAGGACCGACCUCAGAGGAGCCACGCAGCACAACAUCGAUCUCUGCACAGAGCUGUAUGAAGCCUUGGCGGCAGAAGCGGGCGUCGACGCAGAGCCGCAAGCGGGCAUGGCGGCCUGGUGA